GCUAUGCCUGGAGGCACGGGACCCCUACUGUGGCUGGGACAGAAAACAGAGAAGCUGCACCACUCUAGAGGACAGCUUCAACAUGAGCCAGUGGAGUCAGAACAUCACUGUGUGUCCGCUGAGGAACCAGACCACCAAUGGCGUCUUUGGACCCUGGACGACGUGGCAACCAUGCAGCAAUGACGAUGGCGACGGCACCAGCUCCUGUCUGUGUCGCUCCAGGGCGUGUGACAAUCCCUCUGCUCGUUGUGGUGGGAGGAACUGUGAGGGGUCCACCAUCGAAGUCUCCAAUUGCUCCAGAAAUGGAGGAUGGACACCAUGGUCGUCAUGGGGACAGUGCAGCACCACCUGUGGAACAGGGUUUGAGAUGCGCCAGCGCUCCUGCAACAACCCCUCGCCCCGACAUGGGGGACGUGUGUGUGUGGGCCCGGUCAGGGACGAGAGGUUCUGUAACGAGGGUGUGUCGUGUCCCCAGCCUAUCUUCUGGUCCCUAUGGGGUGCCUGGGCUAAGUGCAGUGCAGAGUGUGGAGGAGGGGUCCACUCCAGGGUCAGAAGCUGUGAGAACGGGAACAGCUGCCCAGGCUGCGCAUUGGAAUACAAGGCGUGUAACCUUGAGGCGUGUCCAGAGGUGAAGAGGAACACCCCUUGGACCCCGUGGAUGCCUGUCAACGUGACGCUGGGCGGAGCACGCCAAGAGCAGAGGAUGCGCUACAUGUGCCGCGCCCAGCUGGCAGACCCUCACGAGCUGCAGAUUGGACGACGCAAAGUAGAGACCCGCUUCUGCCCCAACGACGGCAUGGCCACCUGCGAGACUGACACUCUGGUGGAGGACCUCCUGAGGACCCCUGUGGACUGUGCCAAAGGGUACCGUACCCGCAAGCGCACCUGUGCCACGCCAGAGGGCAAGGUUGCCCCCCCAGCCUGCAGGGGUUCGCCCGUAGAGUACCAAGACUGCAACUCUCAGGCCUGCCCAG